AGAUGUUUGCACCAACUUUUUGUUACACGCUAGAAUAAGGUAGUUUCAUACUCUGAUGGAUACUAACGGAUCCUUCUCACCAGCUUAAUUCCAACUACCUGCACCAUGGAUUGGCCAAGCAUGCUAACAUCCAUCUAACCGGCUUUGCGCCCGUGUAAAUUGACGUCGUUCUCUGCAGCCAAAACGCGGGGUGCAUCUCUGGCAAAUUCCAUUUCCACCAACAUUUAUUUUGCGCCCAACCCCAUAAGGCUUGAUACCAAACCAUAAAACAAAUUUCUUCAUUGCGCCCUCGGGGCAAGCCCCUCAAUGGUCGAUGGUGGCGUGUAUUUUUUCUUACCAGGCCCGACCCGAACAUUGGGCUCAGACCACGGGAUGGCGUUCAGCCGCACCGCAGUCCAGUCAGAACUUGUUCUUCCUCUCAGCUCUGGUGCGCAGUUUUUUUCAGCUUGAUGAACAAAAAUGAGGGGGAACUUGUGAAGCUUCCCCCAAGACACGACGGGAUUUUCUGUUCAUUUGUUUCGCGGGCAUCCUCAACGUGGGUAUCGCCGUGGGAAGAAAGGGUGCACACACACGCGGGAGGCUAUCGCGUCUAGCGACGCUGUUUCCCAAAAACAAGUCCUGCUCAUCCCUACUAAAAGCCCACACACAAGCGUCAAAAUGUCUUCUAUACUGCGAAGCAUCAAGGAGCUGCGCGACAUGCGCAAGGAGCUCAGGCAGAGCAUAGCCGACGGGACCUUUGGGCGCUUCCCGGACGACGACGUCACGAGCGUCCCGACGGCGCAGGACCUCCGAACCGAGCCGACCAACCCCUUCAUCCAGCUCGUCAUGCCAGGCUACGAGCGCACCCUGCACGAGGCCCCGCACGACUGGGCGGCCGACCCGCUGAUAACCUCGGCGGACCCGGUGGCGUACGAGCCCCUCAGCGCGGCGGACUGCCAGAUCCGCGUGCUGACUCUCCUGGCGGCGGGGGAGAGCGGGGGGAGCGGCGACGCCAGCGCCCCGAUCCGCUGCGAGCUCGAGACGGUCAGCCUGCUCGCGCCGGCGGUCGAGGGCUACACGGCGCUGAGCUACAUGUGGGGCGGGGUGGAGGGCGAGGCGAGGACGAUCGCGGUGGACGGGCGGCGGUUCCGGGCGACGCCGAACCUGCACGCGGCGCUGCGGCAGCUGCGCAGCAAGGGCCACCGGCGGCUGUGGAUCGACGCCGUGUGCAUCAACCAGGAGGACCGGGAGGAGCGGUCGCAGCAGGUGCUGCAGAUGCGGUCCAUCUACGCCCGCGCCGCCAAGACGGUCGUGUGGCUGGGGCCAGAGUCCGACACCAGCAACCUGGCCAUGCACCUGCUCAAUGUGCUGUCCGCGCCGGGGGACUUUGGCAUGGGGCAGAAGAGGUGCUACCGGGAGGCCGUCAAGGGGAGGUAUCUGCCCGAGGUGAGGGAGGUUGACGGCGACGACGAGCAGCGGCAGCAGCAUCGGCAUCAGCAGCACCAGCAAACGACAAUGGGUGACCAAGGCCUGUACGCCGAUGCGUGGCUGGCCUUUGACCAACUGUUUGACCGCGAGUACUGGCGGCGCAUGUGGAUCAUCCAGGAGAUCACAGUGUCCCGGGAGAUCGACAUCAUGUGCGGAUCCGAGACCAUCAGCUGGAAGAAGCUGGAGAUGGCGUUUUGGGGAGGGCCGGACAAGGGGUUGAACCCAAUGUUUGACCCCACGGUAGGCGUCGACUUUAGCCGCGCGCCGAGACGGACGGGCGAAAUGUUUGACUUUUGGGGUUGGAGAAAGGCGAUUGCAGGUGGCCAGCCCAAAGCAUUGUUGAAGGCGAUGCUGGAUUGUGGUUCUUCCAAGGCUACGGACCCGAGAGACCACAUCUAUGCGUUGCUGGGAAUCACCAUGGACGGUUCUAUUCUGGUGCCGGUUCCGAACUAUGCACUCCCAGUCGCAGAGGUCUUUACCUCUUUGGCAACAAGCAUGAUCGAUGCCAGCGGCAACAUCGAUCUGAUAUGUCUCCAGCCCCGAUCAGGAAAGAAGAAGACUGCCGGACUCCCCUCGUGGGUGCCCGACUGGGCCGACCUCGCCGACGUCGACCGACCAUAUGCACACAAAAUGGCCCUGACACCGGGCAACAAGCUACGCGAUCCCAACAUUCAGCUCUUCAACACCAUUUCCGAAGGCGGGUAUAGAAUCCUGACCAAGAACGGCAUGCUAUCGUGCUCGGGCCGGCUGUACGACAUCAUAGACGGCCUGUCGGGCACGCUCAGCGCGGACGGCAAGCCCAUGGACGGCGAACACAUGGGCAUGGUGCAGCCCGACAACCCGACGACGUGCUACCCGGGGGUGCUGGCGACGGCCGAGGCCAUCCAGCAGUCGCUGCACCAGCUGCUGGACUGGACGCGCGAGGUGGCGGGGCGCGACUGCGCCGACGUGCUCAGCAGCUGCUGGCUCGAGGACCGCGGGCUGCUCCCGCUGCUGCGGACCAAGCACGCGGCGCUGGGCCGGUGGCUGGAGGCGAACCGCGACUUUGUGGUCGGCAGCGUCGAGCUGGGCCGCUGGCUGGACAUGCACCACGGCGGCUACAAGGGGCUCAUCAACCGCGUGCGCACGCAGUCGCGCACCGCCGCCAGGCAGCUGUUGUUUGAGCAGCGGGCCGACCGCUGGAUGGGCGAGGCCGAGGCCGUGCUCAAGUCCGGCAUGAGGCUCAUGACCACGGCCAGGGGCCGCGUCGGCAUGGCGCACCCGCAGGCGAGAAAGGGAGACCACGUCUGCUUCAUGGAGGGCAUGGACACCUUUGUCAUCCUGCGACCGUACGACGGCACGGCCGAGGAAAAGGCCCACAGGGAGGCUGUGGAACAGGAGCUGAGGUCGCAGAGGUACGCCAGCGGGUUGACGGCCGAGACUCGGUUCUCGGGGGGGUAUCAGGUCGUGGGGGAGGCCUACGUCAAGACGCUGGUGGAUAAAAAGACGGGGGUCGAGGACUACUCGCCCUGCACUUUUUUUACUUUUUUCAUCCAUUGAGGGGACCCUGGUCCUGGGGCGGAUGAUUUUCUAUGUAAGAAUUUAUGCUUGUAGGGCAACUUUACUAUGUCAUGAGAAGCAACGUCCUUGAUGUCUAUCGACUGCAGAUCUGCCGACAUGCGAGCUCUCGAAGAUCAAUUGCUAGGAACAUAGGUGUAGGUACGUGAUUCGGGCAAAACCCCCACCUUGAUCGAUGCUUGGAGGCCCCGAGUUCGACGAGCGAAUAAAGUGUAUGGUCUAGUUUAUAAAAAGCAAAGCGGCAAAAAAAGUGCAUUAUUAUAUAUAGUAGCAAAAGAAUGCAUAACAGCUUGUGGCUAG